AUGAAAUACUCCCUUUUUCAGUAUGAAGAAGAGCUUCCCCGCCUCCCCGUGCCGACGUUGGCACAAUCCACCAACCAGAUUUUGGCAGCGUUGAAACCGCUUCUUUCUGCCGAGGAAUACUCCGAAGUGCUCAAUGAAGCCACGCAGUUAAUCAACAACAGAACGGUUCUGUUGAUCCAGAAACACUUGGAGGCGGCGUCGAAGAACCCGGCCGUCACGUGCUACUUGAACGCCGUCAAUGGCGAAAGUUAUCCAGGCAUUUAUGGCGACUUGAAGGGUGAUAUUCUUCCUCGGAACCCGUUUUUGGUGCUUGAGGAGGAUCCGUAUGCCCAGACGAUCAACCCGCCAAAUCAGGCCCAGAGAACGGCGUCUUUGGUGAAUUCUACGUUGAAGUUUAUUGUCAGUUUGAGGAAUGGCACGUUGAAGCCGGAUAUGACGCCUAAACUGGGCUCUCCCCUUACAAUGAAGUGCUAUAUGAACUUGUUCGGUACGACCCGUGUGCCAGACGAACUGCAAGAGUACCACCACAUCACAAUUGCCAAAUAUAAGCAUUUCAACGACUCCCGCCAUGUUUUAUUUAUUUGCAACAACCAGUACUAUACAUUGGAGGUGCUUACGCCCUGUGAAGAUGUGAACAAGAACCCUAAGCACCAGAUCUGGUUCAACGACGCUGAAUUGGCGCCUAUAGUGCAAGAAAUCAUCAAUCAGUCGUCGCAGGUUGACCAGAUCACCGCUGUGAAUAACGGUAUUGGUGCUAUUACUACGCAAACAUAUGGGUACUGGAAAUCAGCCAGGGUUGAGUUGAAAAAGACAAACUCAAAGUACCUCGAAGCCGUGGAUAACGCUCUUUUCGUGGUGGUUUUGGAUACAAGCAGUGCUCCCAAGACAGACCAAGAAAAGACCCAGGUGAUCUCCCACGGAACGUCCAGAUUAUACGAAGGAACCAACAUCCAGGUCGGUUCUUGUACUUCCAGAUGGUACGAUAAACUCCAGAUGGUGGUGACUUCCAACGCAGUCGCAGGCGUUGUGUGGGAGUCGUCGCUGAUGGACAGUACGGCCAUUUUGAGGUUUAUCAGUGAUAUUUAUACGGAUUCGAUUUUGAAGCUCGCCAGAAACAUCAACGGCGCUGAGAACACCUUGUUUGACGAAAACGUGCAGUUUGUUUCUGGCAAAGAUAGCGAUUUGAAGCCUGAUUCGAGGGAGCUUCGUUUUACCAUGACGCCAGAGCUCCAACACUUGAUCCACCUUUCCGAAACAAGACUUGCGGAUCUUCUCAACCAGCACGAGUACAAGAGUUUAACCAUGAAGCUUGAUACUCACCUUCUAAGCAAAUCAGGAUUGCUGCCUGACUCGUUCUUACAAAUUGGGUUCCAGGCUGCCCAUUACGCUUUAUAUGGACGAGUGGCCAACACAUUGGAACCUAUUACUACCAGAAAGUUCCGUGACGCCAGAACCGAGUUGGUGGCUGUCCAGAACGACCUGAUCAACAAUCUCGCCAAAUUAUUUAUUACUUCUGCGGACAACACCAAGAAGUGGACCUCCUUCAAGGCCUGUGCUGCCCAGCACACAAAGCAGUACCGUGACGCGAUGCUUGGACAAGGUUUUGAGCGUCACAUUGGCGCCUUAUUACAGGUUUUAAAGAAGCCAAGUGCCGUUGACAGCUUAAACCUGAUCAACAAGAAUAUUCAAGGAUUGGAGCCUAUUCCGCCGGUGGAAGUCAUGGCCAACGAGUACAUCCCAUUCUUAUCGAACGAGUCGAUCGAAAGACUCACCGGUGCUGAGCUUUUAAUCAGUAACUGUGGAAACCCAGCAUUGCAUCUUUUCGGUAUCUCUCCAGCCAUUGAGCAAGGGUUCGGCAUUGGCUACAUUAUUCACAAAGACAAGGUGGUGGUUACAGUAUCGUCAAAGUUCAGGCAAACCGAACGUUUCCUCAGCACAUUCCGGUCGGUGAUGAAGGAAGUAAAGAACAUUCUUCGCGGAGAGGCCGAUCUCUUGGAAGAAAUGGCCGAUUCCGAAACAAGAAAGUACGAGCUCAAGCGUCUCAGAAUCGAAAAGGAGUUGAAGAAUGUCAACAAGGAGUUGUACCUGACCAGACACCCCAUUGAUCUUCGUCUUGACUCCACGGCGCUGUUCAAGUUGCCUGAGAGCCCCAAGAGAGAGAUUCCGCCUGUUCCACAUGAAUCCGGCAGCAAUUCGGACGAUAACAAGGACGACGAGUUUAAUUACCUUGGUGGUUACGGGUACUUUGACGUUGGCGAGGUGGAUAUCAGGAGAGAUGAGAUCACAAGAGAUGAGUCUUUCUUGAGUAGUAACACUUCCAGCAUGACAUCCAAAACGGGCUCCAGAGUCCAUUCCAGCGGCAAUUUAUACGGAAUGGGCAAACUGCAAGGGUUCCUGCUUCCCCAGCAGCCUGAUCUCAAGCAGAAGAUGUCGUUGAACGACCAAAUCAGAGACCGUUUGCAGCCAGACGUGCUGUCGCCAAGUCUUGACGAGGUGAUUACGCAACACGAGUGGCCCCAACAAACGCCACAACAGCAGUCAAAGAAAAAGAACCAGAUCGGGCGUGAAGUGACAAUGUCGUCAAAAUUCUAA